CUUUCCUAGCAGCCGGGGGCCCUGAUGGCGGCUUGGAUGAGCUUCAGGGGGCUGGAGGAUGGCGAGGAGAAAGAGUGGUGCUCCUGGGAGUACGACUCCACUUGGGAAAGCGAGGAGGAGGAGGAGGAAGAAGGGAAGGCGUCGCAGGAGGCCCGAGCCGACGGAGAGGAAGAAGAGUCCUCGCAAGGGUGGUUCAGGGGCUCCCACCAGGCCAGCGGCGCACAGUCUAGAUGGUAUUGUUUAUUCAGGAAGACAUAUAUGUUUUUGAGGAAAGUUCUUUCAGAGCUUAAUCUUUCAGAUGCCCAGGAGCAAAGAAGACCAGCUGUCUCAUCAAUUGGUUAUAGAGGUUUUGAGUUCCUGACUGGACGCAACUGGACAGCUGCAAAAGAUAUGCAGAGAUACAGGCAUUGUUAUCCGGGUUUGAAAGAAAGGGAACCUGAUGCUGAAGAGGAGGAGAUGUGGAAUUUAAGUUUUUACAAAAAUGAAAUUCACUUUUUGCCUCAUGGCUUAUUUAUUGAUGAGCUCCUUGAAGCUUGGCAGGAGGAUUACGAGACUCUGGAAGAAAAUCAUUCUUAUAUACAAUGGUUGUUUCCUUUGCGUGAACGUGGGAUGAACUGGCGUGCAAAGCCUCUCACAUGUAAAGAAAUUCAGGCCUUUAAGAAAUCCAAGGAAGUUAUGCAAAGAUUCAUUAGAGCUUACAAACUCAUGCUGGGUUUUUAUGGAAUAAACUUGAUCGGUCAAGAAACGGGGGAAGUGCAAAGAGCAGAAAACUGGCGUCAGAGAUUUCGCAACCUUGAUCGGUUUAGUCACAACAAUUUGCGGAUAACUCGUAUUCUGAAGUGUCUGGGAGAGAUGGGGUAUGAACACUAUCAAGUACGCCUGGUUAACUUUUUCCUAACAGAGACGCUUGUUUACCAAACACUCCCAAACGUUAAGAGAAGUGCCUUGGAUUACUUCCUGUUCACCAUCAGAAACAAGCAGAAGCGAAGGGAACUGAUACACUAUGCAUGGAUGCACUUUAAACCUCAGGAUAAGUUUGCAUGGGGGCCUCAUAAGAAACUCCAGAACUAUAAACUUCCGUCGUUAAAGUCUCAGCACUGCCAAAAGGCUGCGGAAGAGAAUGAAUCAGUCAGAGAUAAAGAAGCAGUUGGAAAGAACGAAACCAAUCCUCCAAACAGGGAGGAGAAAGUUGGAGAUGCUGCAUACUCAGAAACCAACAAGGUGACUGAUGAAUGUACCUCAGAGGAACAAAGUAAGCGUGAUGCCAUGUAUGUUGCAGAGCGAGGAGACAACGUAGAAGAGAAAGAAGCCUCACUUUCCCAGCUAGAAGAGAAGGUUCUGAGUGAGGACCUUGUGGGCCUGAGGGAUGGAGCAGAGAGUGAAUGCCUAAAGGAAAGCAAGAAAAGAAAGCUUGAGAUGAACAGAUUAACUGGAAAGUGCACAGGGCUAUUGAAAAGUCCCACUGAUAUUGAGAAGAUCUCUUAUAACCUAGGGGAAUUUGCUAUCGAUCAAGAGACCACAGAGACUCUUCCAGCAUUGCCAGAAAAGGGUGACCAAGUAACAGCUGAAGAAGGUGACGUCAGUAGUGAAGACUUCAAGGCGUCUGAGUCAUCUGAUGCACCUGUAAAAAGAAGGAAAGUUGAUGAGGCAAUGCCAGAAAACAGUACUGUAAAUGUGGCAAUAAACCUGGACACGGACACCACUACCUGCAACGUCCAAGCAACAGGGGCUGAGAAAGGAGAAGUUAGUGAGGAAGACACGGUUGUGGAAGAAAUUAAUGUGAAAACUGAGAAUGGUGCUGAAGGUGCAUCUGUGAAUUCAUUGCCUGGUUCUGAGACUAAUGAGCCUGGUCUGCCUUCUCUGGCAGGCAGUGGCUCAGUGCUACGUGAAGCAAAUUCAGAAAUACAAAAAAAAGCGCACCAAUGUAAUGAAACUUUAACAGUAAGUGAAAGCCAGGUAGACGACAGAGAACAGAAAGAAGGGGCAGAAGAUGUCCAUGCAAGAGGGGAAACAAAAACCCCAGACAAGAACCGGGGCCAAGAAGGUCUUCAGCAGAGUGUGGUGGAAUCUUGUCCUGAAAAAGUCAGUGCUAGGAAUGUAGCACAAGAAAUUGAUUGCAUUGAGGAUUCAGCAAAACUGAAUGAUCAGCAGACAAUGGCAGAGAGUGGCAAAAACAUUGCAAUAGCACCAGAGCAAGGGGCGGAGGAAGGACAGUUAUGUCCUGAAUUCAAGGAGCAUGGAACAGGGAUUCAGACUCCAAAGGCAUGUGGAAAAAGAAGUCUCCUUUAA